AAAUAUUGCAACAUUUGUAAAACUUCAUAAUUGUUGCAAAUGGAGGAAGUAGAAAAUAUAUUUGUUUGAUUAAAAUUUUCUUGAAUAAAUAUCUAAAAGAAAUCUUGUUAUAAAACUACCCUGUUGAAAUUACUUCAAAAUAAAACAAACACAAUAAAAUCUUGGAAAAAAUUUCCAACAUAAAAGUUUCCGUCCAGAUGGCUAAUUUGGCAGCACAACCAUUAUAUAUCGACUAAAUAUCUUACAGUAAUAUUCAUUUUCAGCAUAUAACAAAUAUCUAUCAUUUUUUUUUUGACUAAAAAUAUCUUUCACAAUUUAUGAGAUACUUUCUUGGUUCUCGAUGGAUGCUGCUCAAGAGAUGGUUAACCAAAGUCGAGGCAAAGAAGAAAUUGAUCCAAGACCAAAAGAGGACAUUGUUCAUCAUAAUUCCAUACCCAACCACAUCAACAACAAAAACCUUCUAUUGCCAAAAGUUAAACACUACAAAAAAUGGCUUCGAAUCACCAUUUACAUCCUCUUCCUCCUCGUUGGCCAAACCACCGCGACUCUCUUAGGAAGACUCUACUUCGACAAGGGUGGAAACAGCAAAUGGAUGGCCACCUUUGUACAAUCAGCCGGCUUUCCCAUCUUCAUUCCUUUCCUAUUCUUCUUCUCAUCAUCAACUACUUUUCGUCGCCCUUUAGUCCUUAGGCUCACCCUCAUCUACAUUGCUUUCGGCCUAAUCUUAACCGGAGACAACUUGAUGUACUCUUAUGGACUACUUUACCUUCCUGUCUCUACGUAUUCCUUGUUAUGUGCCUCUCAACUAGCCUUCAACGCGGUCACAUCCUUCUUCAUCAACGCGCAAAAAAUCACUGCCCUAGUACUCAACUCGAUUGUAAUCCUUACAAUCUCCGUGUGUCUCCUAGCCAUCAAUGCAAAUGACGAAGGUAACACGACUAAUAAUGUGUCGAGGGGCAAAUAUGUCAUAGGAUUUUUAUGUACACUUGGUGCAUCCGCGACAUAUUCUUUGUUAUUGUCAUUGACACAAUUCUCUUUCGAGAAGGUGAUUAAGGAUGAGUCUUACAACACAGUCAUAUGUAUGCAAUUUUAUCCUUCGAUCGUGGCAACCUGUGGUUGUGUCAUAGGGCUCUUUGGUAGCGGAGAAUGGCGAACAUUAAAGGGAGAAAUGAGGGAUUAUAAGACGGGUGGAGUGCCCUACGUGCUAACAUUAACGUUCACGGCUAUAAGUUGGCAAGUUUCAUCGUUAGGGUUGAUAGGACUAGUUUUCGAGGUUUCUUCCCUCUUCUCUAAUGUGAUUAGCACCUUGAGUUUGCCUAUGAUUCCGAUUUUCGCAGUCGUGUUCUUCCAUGAUAAGAUGAAUGGUGUGAAGGUGAUAUCUUUGGUGCUUGCUAUGUGGGGGUUUCUUUCUUAUAUUUAUCAGCAUUACUUGGACAAUAUCGAAGCUAAUAAGGCAAGAAAAGAAAAGGUUGAUGUAACUCUAGUUGCUAGCACAGAAAUGUGUUGAUUAAGGAAUUAGUGAAGUUUUAAUUAUUAAAAUAAUUGUUGUAAUUUUUAUCAUUUUUGAGAAAUUAGUACUCCGAUCCGUAGUAUUGUUGCUUGAAACAUGUAACUCUACUAUCAUAUUCUCAACCACUCAACCUAUGGCCAUUUAGCUUUUAAAAAGUUUGACCAAGUCACAUAUAACACUGCUAAUGAAAUACUUCUUCCGUUUCUUUAUGUUUA